AUGUUGGUCACCCUGACAAGAUCGACCGCGUGUGAAGUUAGCCCCAAACAAAAGUUCUUCUAUAACAAGGCACAUCAUGGCGCCCGUGGAUAAAAAGGCGAAGCCCGUUAAAACGGCAAAGGGAUUACCCGCCGUACCAGAAUCCGUAUUAAAAAGGCGUAAGAAGCGUUUGGCGAUUAAACAAGGCUUGAAGAAAUCGAUUAUCAAGAAGAAAACUGAUGAUAUUAAGAAGAGGAAACUUAUCUUUAAACGUGCUGAAGAGUAUGUUAAAGAGUACAGAUUGAGAGAAAGGGACGAAAUUAGGCUUGCAAGACAAGCUAGGACUCGUGGAAAUUAUUAUAUUCCUGGUGAAGCUAAAUUGGCCUUUGUAAUUCGUAUCAGAGGUAUCAAUAAGGUUGCUCCAAAAGUAAGGAAAGUUCUUCAACUUUUCCGUCUCCGCCAAAUCAACAAUGGAGUUUUCAUUAAAUUAAAUAAAGCCACGAUUAACAUGCUUCGUAUUUGCGAACCUUACAUAACUUGGGGUUACCCUAAUUUGAAAUCAGUUAGAGAAUUGAUUUACAAACGUGGUUUUGGGAAAGUGAAGGGACAUCGUAUUCCAAUCACUAGCAAUCAAAUUAUUGAAGAUAAAUUGGGUGCUUCGAACAUCAUUUGUGUUGAAGAUUUGAUUCAUGAAAUCUUUACUGUUGGACCAAAGUUCAAGUAUGCUUCUAACUUCCUCUGGCCAUUCAAGCUUAAUACACCUACUGGAGGAUGGCGCAAGAAGACAAAUCACUAUGUUGAGGGUGGUGAUUUUGGUAACAGGGAAGACAAAAUUAAUGAGUUACUUAGAAGGAUGGUCUAAGUAAUGUUUUUUUAUCUUCUGAGUUAAUAAAUAAGUUAUAAAAAGA